AUGGGGCUACUAUCAUCUCUAUUCAUAUUCACGCUCGGUUUUGUUAGCCCCUUUUUACUAAUUGCGUUCGUUUUCCAAUAUGUACUACGUGAUGUUUCGAGCGAAUCGGAGAAUGAAAAAGAUUCAUUAAUCAAAGCAGGAGAGAUAGAAGAAAAACACCAAUCUGGAUUGGAGAGCUUUAAAAAUGGCUGGGUUUUUGUCACCAAUGAGUAUAUCGAAAGUACCGAUGAAAUCAAUCGUAAUACUACAUCAAUUACAGAGUCUCCAGAGAAUAGAUCGGCCAUUUCGUCAUUGUAUAAGUUGGUAAACAGGGAACAACAGCAACAGCAACAAAGGCGGAGACAGGAUCCGUUAACAGAGGAAGUUGAACCAGAUGCGAAUGAUGCAAAGGACGACGUAUCCAUAUCGGAUGCAGCAUCCGUUAGCUCACAGCACACCACCACCACUCAACAACUGCUUCAGCCUCCACCUCCUGCUACAUCCACUCAGCAACCACCAGGACAAGUGAGACAAUCAUUAAAGAAACACCGUUAUUUUGGUGUGCUAAAACACGGCAAUUUGUUUCUUUACAAGGAUCAAACCAUCAAAGAUGUCAAACAUGUCAUUGUUUUGGGGAACUACUUUGUUAGCAUUUGGCCCAGGAACUUGCCCGAACCACUGUUGUUUACCAAAUACACAGCUAUAGCAUUGAUAAAUGUGAACAAGCUAUCCAAUUUGAAUCAACAAUCCAACAAAGCUUCCAGUGGAAGUUUUUUCAUAUAUUGCGACACCAAUAGUGAUAAAGAAGAUUGGUAUUUUGCAUUGAUAAGAGGUACCAAAUUGGAAUCAUCAAACACAUCAUCAUCUAUUCCUGCUAGUUUAAGCCCACAAAAGUAUGCUCAAACCUUACAUUUUUCCACCAAGGAAAUGAUCAAUUUAAUUCAAGCAUUGUAUAGCUCCGAGGGCCAUUUACAAACUAAAUGGAUGAAUGCAUUGAUCGGGAGGUGGUUUUUGGCAAUCAAAGAUACCAAAUUUUUUGAAAAUUACAUUUUUACAAAACUUAGUAAAAAAUUAAACAAGAUUAAAAAACCAGGAUUUUUCGAUGAAUUUCAAAUAACUGAUAUACAGCCAGGGGGCUCGGCACCAUUUUUUACAUACCCCAGCUUGAAAGAGAUUAACCCUGAUGGUACAUUAGUUAUUAGUGCUCAUGUGUCAUACAAUGGUGGAUUAUCAGUAACAAUUGCCACAAAAUUGGAUCUCACAUUUGGAACUAAAUUCACUACUAGAGAAGUUGAUUUAGUAUUGAAGAUAUCCUUGGUGAAUCUUGAGGGACCGAUGUUGAUUAAAUUGAAACCACCACCAAGCAAUCGAUUUUGGUACUGUUAUGAAGUUGAACCAACGUUGAAUUUCCAAAUUGAACCGAUAUUGAGUUCAAAGUCUUUAAACUAUUCAUUUAUAACUAGUACGAUUGAAAAGAAGUUUAGAGAAGCAGUCAAGGAAAGUUUGGUUAUGCCAUAUUGGGAUGAUAUUGAAUUUUUCAAUACAGAACAUGAAUUAUAUCGAGGUGGUAUUUGGAAACAUGAUGGAGACGAGGAGAAGGAACUAUUGGGUGCUGAUGAAGCAAUAUCUCAUGAAGAUUAUACAUCAGAAAGCAAUACGGUUGACGAAGCAUCGAUUCAAUUAUCAGAGUCGGACCUCAAAUCAACUUCGAAAAAAUCAUUACGAAGAAUGGGAUCGACAAUCAAUGAUUUUACUAAGAGGAUUAAAAACAAGUCAAAUUCACCUCUGUUGGAUGAGUUCCCCACAACUGGAACCACAACAUCUGCAAGAACUUCAACCAUGAGAAGUAACCCCAACACAUCCGAUGCUAAUGGCGUUGCUAGUAACGGGUUAUUGAAACGUAUUGGUAAAUGGUACUUCAAAGAUGAUUAUAGAAACAAUCCAACUCAUCAGAAUGUUGACACUACACCAACUAUGAAAGCGUCACUGCCAAUGUCAUCUCCUGUGACCGGGUCUACUUCAGCUGCUGAAACUUAUCACCCCCCUGAAAUGAUUUCCAAUAGACGAGCACGUAAAUCGUCAAGUGUAUCAUCAUUUGGUAAAGAUAGGAAUACUGGAAAUGGGCAAGGUGCUGGUGUAGGUGCUGGUGAUGUAACACCCAUUGCUUCAACCGAACCAGUUACUGCACUGUCAAUACUCACUCAACCAACACUAUCUGCAUCAUCACCUAGAAUUCGAUCACCAUCAUUCAACUUUGCUCGUGCUGAGUAUGUCAACGAUCCUCCAGUGAUUUCAAGUACAGGUGGUGGUGGGAGUGGAUCGCUCACUCUGAAAAGACACUAUAAAUCAAACAGUGGUGUUACUGCUGCUCAGUUGGCAUCAUCAACUACAUUUGCUCAGACUCUACAAAACAUGCCCAAUUCACCAAGCAUGGAACAAGUAAGCAAAAGUGGUGUAUUUACCAAUGAGAAUCAUGAAUCACAAGAAAUAGGGUCAGUUUUCAAUAAUAGUAGUACUAGUGGAGGUGUUGCCGGCGGCGAAGAUAAGAAUGAUGAUAUAAGUAUGUUUUUAUCUGCAGAACCGACCGUCGCUUUAUCUCAGCCAAGUUCACCUAAUCGAGCUAAAACAGUGAGGAAAAAACCACCUCCAAUUGAUGAUUCCGAUGGUGAUAGUGUAUAG